CACACACACACAGACACACACAGAGAGACACAGACAGGUGAGCGGCGGUCUGUGUCGGUGGUCUUGAGGCUGCGGCACCGAUAAACUGGUCAUGGCUCUGGAACCGGAGGGGAACAACCGGCUCCUGCAAGACGUGCUGACGAGACCGGACAACGAAACGUGCGCCGACUGCGGCAAUCCAGAGCCGGACUGGGCCUCACUGACUUUGGGUGUGUUUGUUUGUCAGGCCUGCUCGCUCCUGCACAGGAGUAUCCCUCACAUCAGCCGAGUCAAGUCUGUCCAGGACACGUGGGACAGCAGUGAGGUGGAGUUGAUGGCUGCGAUGGGAAACGAUGCAGCCAAGGCCAAAUACGAGCAGAAGGUUCCUGCUUUUUACUACAGACCGACACACACCGACUGCAAGCUGCUGAGAGAGCAGUGGAUCAGAGCCAAGUACGAGAGGAACGAGUUUGAGCUUAUUGAGAAACAGGAGCCUUAUUCUGCAGGAUACCGAGAGGGGUUUCUAUGGAAACGAGGACGAGAUAACGGUCAGUUCCUCAGCCGAAAGUUCAUCCUGUCGGAGAGAGAGGGAGCGCUCAAGUACUUCAACAAGCAGGAUGCCCGAGAUCCCAAGGCGGUGAUGAAAAUCGAGACCUUGAACGCCACCUUCCAGCCAGCUAAGAUCGGGAACCCGUGCGGUCUACAGAUCACGCACCUGAAAGACAACAGCACCCGGAACAUCUUCGUUUACCACAGUGACGCUAAGGAGAUGGUGGACUGGUUCAACGCCAUCAGGGCGGCCCGGUUUCAUUACCUGCAGGUGGCUUUUCCUGGAGCCAGCGAUGAAGAGUUGGUGCCCAAACUGACCCGAAACUUCAUGAAAGAAGGCUUUAUGGAGAAAACAGGCCCAAAGCACACAGAAGGCUUCAAGAAGAGAUGGUUUACGAUGGACGACAGGAGACUCAUGUAUUUCAAAGACCCUCUGGACGCCUACGCCCGAGGCGAGGUCUUCAUCGGCAGUAAGGAGAACAGCUACACCGUUCAGGCUGGCCUGCCUCCGUCCACUCAGGGCUGCCACUGGAACCACGGCAUCACCAUCGUCACACCAGACAGAAAGUUCCUGUUCGCCUGUGAGACAGAAGCUGAACAGCGCGACUGGAUCACUGCCUUCCAAAGGGUCAUCAACCGACCAAUGAGGCCACAGGAAUAUGCAGUCGAGGCUCAUUUUAAACACAAGCCCUGAAAACUACAAGAAGCCACACAUUGAGCUGGACCGGUCCGGUCUGGGUCAGAUCAGAGGCGAGCGUGAGGCCACAGACCGUGUGUGGUGGGGCAUGAUGGAGCCGGUCAGCAGGCUGGAAGGGGGAGGGUUCCAGGCUCCUCGUCUACCUGGGAGGAGGACAAUUCCUGAAGUAAAACCAACAACAAUGUGGCAGAAGACAAAGAACUGCAGUGUUAAAAAAAAAUAAGCAAA